GGAUGCUGGUGAGAGAGCUGGCAGUGUUAAACACACAGAUUUGCAAGACUGAGCAGCACAUUUUCAUCUCUCGUGCUGGCAUGAUGGUAUUGGAUGAACUGUCCUCUCAGCUUGAAGAGGUAGCCAUUCAUCUGCAGUACGUUGAUGAGGAGGUUGGGCACCGGUCCUGUCUGGCUUUAAUCCCUUGGUCUGGACCCUUGUGUGUUCCUAUCUUUCCUGUCUUCUCCAAGGCCAAACCAGUCUACUACCUCACUCGUGCUGGGAGAAUGCUGGUAACAGAGCUUGCAGUGUUAAACACACAGACUUCCAAAUUGGUUAUUGAGGAGCCUACCAUUCACCUCACUGAAGCUGGGAGGCUAGUGCUUGACGAACUGUCAGCACCUUCAGAUAGCCAUUCACAGCCAAAUAGGGAAGACUCUGGUUUUCCCUAUGAGAAGUUGCAGCUGGUUGGGAACUGGGGUUCGUUUCAUUUCCAUUACUGGAAUAUCCAUUAUGGACGAGUGCAGCAAAAUGAAGAGGACAUGCAUCACCUGUGCAUUGUGAGGGGAGUGGAGAAGCAGCUGUGGUGGAGCAGAGUCAUCCAGGAAAAAAUCCUGGACCCAUGGGGUCUCGUCCAGGUGGUCCUCACCAACAAGAAGCUGAUUGGUAUUAAGUUCCUUGGUAGAAGGAUCCAUGGACUCAUGUCCGGCCUUGUCAAGAGGAGGUCUGAGUUCACCUAUUAUGAGGAUGCCCAGCAGGUGGAUAUCUCCACCACAGUGGAGGGGUACCAGGAGAGGGGGGAUGAGAUGAUGGCAUAUCAGUUCUCCACCUCUGACAUCAUCACCACCCCUCAUGAGCCGUCCUCUGGCUCCUCUCACCAGUCCCCCCCAGAAUUCUCCGCCUCCCCCUUUCCCUUCCGAUUCCCCUCCCAGUCCCCCCUCCACCUUACCCUCCACCCAGGACCAGGACCAGACCCCUGA